AUGGAGUAUUAUCAGGCCUAUAAUGGUAGGGAGAAGUUUUGUGAGACCAUUUAUGGUGACGAUGUGAAGUCAUACUCGCACUUGGUAUGGUAUAUUAAUGCUAUAAGGGAAACUAACCCAGCUACUGGGAUCAAUGAUGAUAAAGGAUUUUUUCCCCUUGCUAUGGCACUAGUUGAUUCUGAGAAUAACGACAACUGGGAGUGGUUUUUAAGAAAUCUGACUCAAGUUGUUGGUGACGGGAGGCCAAUCACCUUCCAUUCGGAUCGCCAUGAAGGACUCUUGCGUGGUGUUCCACUUGUAUAUCCAGACUCAUUCCAUAGCUUUUGUUACUAUCAGUUGAAGACUAAUCUUCUCAUCAAUCAAUCAGAUCCUAGGUACUUUCUCGUGCUUGACCACUUCCAAAAAGCGACGUACACACUCUCACCUGAAAACCAUGCUAAGGCCACAAAAAAAAUAAGAGAUUUGAAUUGCGAUUGGGUGGCUGAUUACAUAGAAACCAUCCCACCUGAAGCAUAUGCGAAUGCAUUUUUCCAAGGUUGUCGGUAUGGACGCACAUCUAGUACUCUAGAAGAAUCAUUCAAUAGCUGGAUUAAGGUUCACAAGAAGAUGCCUGCAUUUUCUCUUCUUGAUCAGAUUCAUAAGUUUUUUUUUUCUUUUCACAUUAGGAUGAAAGUUAUGAAAAUAAUGGCAAAGCGUCGUGCUCUUAGUGAUAAUAUGAUGACUCCAUUAACUCCGGAGUAUGAGAAAAGGCUUGAGGCUCUACAAGAUGAAGGUUUGGCUUGGCAAGUAUUGGUUGCUAGUCCUACCGUGUUUAAAGGUUUAAGCUAA